AUGUCCGAGACCAAAGGCUCUUCGGAGCUACAUGGCAGUGAACAUGAAGAUCACGCCAAGGUGGAAAAGGUAGAGGUCCACCAAGAUGAAGUCCUCCACAACCCUGAACUCAUGAAUGAUGCCUUUGAAGGUGAGAAUGCCGAGCAUUCGAUGGGCACUUGGGAGGCUGCCAAGAGACAUCCCUGGGCUUGUUUUUGGGCUUUCAUGAUGUGCUUCACUAUUGUGAGUUUCCCCCGCAUUUCAACGCGCUACGCUGCGAUGCACGACAAUGCGCAAUUCUGGCCCCCAUCCGUCAUGGAAUCCUUCGACAUGUUCUUGAACGGUAACUUUGUUGCCCUCCCCUCCUUUCAGAAACAUUAUGGUGUGCCUGAUGGCAAGGGUGGCUGGGUCAUCCCGACUCGCUGGCAGAGUGCCCUCUUCCAGGCUGGCCAAUGUGGUGCUUUCGUCGGUGUGUUCCUGGCUGGUCCGGUGACAAACAAGCUGGGAUACCGAUAUACCACUCUGUUUGCCUUGGUGCUUAUGAACGCCACCAUUUUCAUUUCCUUCUUUGCCAAUUCACUUACUCUCUUGACUGUUGGUCAAGCACUGGAGGGUGUUCCAUGGGGUUUCUUCAUUGCUAACUCCCCUGCCUAUGCCUCGGAGAUUGUCCCCAUCUCCCUGCGUGGUGCCUGUACUGCCACUCUGCAGAUGAGUUGGUCAAUCGGCUCCAUUAUUGUUGCCGGUGCGACAUAUGGUUUCAACAAGGGUACCGACGAGUGGUCCUGGCGUAUUCCUCUGGCUUUGCAGUGGAUCUUCCCUACCCCUCUUAUGAUUCUCGUCUGGUUUGCGCCGGAAUCGCCAUGGUGGCUUAUUCGCCGCGGCCGCAAGGAGGAGGCACUCCGUUCCAUCAAGCGUCUUGGUACCAAUGAUCCCGCCGAUGCUCAGCGCAGCCUUGCCAUGAUUGAGCGUACCGUUGAAAUCGAGGCUAAUAUGGGUGGCGCCCCUACUCUGCUUGACCUGCUGAAGGGUACUGAUCUGCGCCGAACCAUCAUUACCUGUUUGAUGUAUGCGUCGCAGAAUUUCGCCGGUAACCUGAUUGCUAACCAGGCCACCUACUUCUUCGAACAAGCUGGAAUCUCCCCCGACCGCGCUUUCCAACUCAACCUGAUCAACUCGUGCCUCCAAUUCGUCGCCAACAUCCUCUCCUGGUUCCUAACCUCCUGGUUCGGUCGCCGAACCAUCUACCUCUACGGUACCGCAACCAACAUCACCCUCCUCGUCAUCCUUGGUAUCUGCGCCUCCAUCGCCCAGAGCAGCGCCACCAACUACGCUCAAGCCGUCCUAGGAAUCUUGAUUUCCUUCGGCUACGCCCUCUCCCUCGGACCCAUCUCAUACACCAUCAUCGCCGAGACCUCCUCCGUCCGUCUGCGCGCCCUGAGCACCGGUGUCGGCCGCGCUGCCUACUACGUCGCCGAGAUUCCGAUGAUCUACCUCGCCUCACAGAUGCUGAACACCACUGGCUGGAACUUGGCUGGAAAGUGCGGUUACGUCUGGGCUGGUACUGCCGUCGUCUGCUGGGUCCUUGCUUACUUCGGUCUGCCUGAGUUCAAGCACCGCUCUUACCGUGAGCUUGAUAUUCUGUUCAACCGCAAGGUUCCGGCCAGACAGUUCAAGAAGACUGUCAUCGAUGUGCGGGACAACGAGUAA